AUGGCUGCUGAAAAGGAGAUAAAUCUAAACGAGCCGAGAUGGGACCAAAGCACGUUCGGUGGUCGAGCAAAGCAUUUCAUUACUCUCACAAAUCCUUUGAACUGUCUGGCUACAGACUCUCAACUAGAUAACGCCAAAAGUAUUCUCGAUGAGUAUAAAAAAACUAAGAAGCUGCCUGCCGGUGUAGACGAAGAUAAACUAUGGGCUGCCAAAUAUCUAUAUGACAGCGCGUUCCACCCCGACACUGGGGAGAAGAUGGUCAGGAUAGGUCGUAUGUCUGCACAGGUGCCGAUGAACACAAUCGUCACUGGAUGCAUGAUAACAUUCUACAAGACAACUGCAGCUACAGUAUUCUGGCAGUGGACCAAUCAAACAUUUAACGCUAUUGUUAAUUAUACAAAUCGUUCUGGCGACGCGGUCAUCACCCCGAAGCAAUUAUUAGCAUCUUAUGUUGCGGCGUGUGGUGGUGCCUUAAGUACAGCCUUGUACCUCAAAAGUAAAGUAAAGUACAUGAACCCGAUGUACGCGCGGUUGGUGCCCUUCGCGGCUGUCUGCAGCGCUAACUUUAUCAAUAUACCCAUGAUGAGGAGCAAUGAAUUAUUGCACGGUACGCCCGUAUUUGCACCGGAGGGGCAAAGAGUGGGGGAUUCCAAGAAAGCAGCUCGGAAGGGAAUCUUUCUUGUGUGCAUAUCCAGGGUGGCCAUGGCUCUUCCCGGCUUCACUUUCGUGCCAUUCAUCACGAAUAUUGCGGAAAAUAGAAACCUGUUUUGCCGGUACCCAAUGGCUGAUUUGCCAUUCCAAAUGGCGCUAGUAUGUCUCUGUUUCACGUUCGCUACACCCCUGUGCUGCGCCUUGUUUGAUCAGAAGGCCACUAUGCACAUCAAUGAUAUUGAAAAGAACUUAAAGGAGGAGGCGCUUAAGAUCUCUCCCAAGACGGACACAGUUUACUUCAACAAGGGUCUGUAAGGUGCAAUUGCAAUGUUGAACCUUCCCAAUUGGGGUGGAUUCCCAGUGUACCUGUACUGCUCGUCAGUCGUGUUGGUACCGAUAUUUCUACGAACCCUACCGCGAGUCGAGAGGAAAACGUGGAAUGCUUUUAUGCUAAGCGACUCAACCUCAUUAAAAUACUCCUUAUAAUGCAAGU